GAGACUGACCGGGGAGAGAGAAGGGGAGGCCUUCUGUCACCCGCCCAGCCUCCUGCCUGGGCUGUGGGGUGCUGAUGUCAAUCAGGGCUUGGGCUCUGUGCUGAGUGCACUGAGGGCUUCUGACCAUCUGAGGGAGUCCCAAGUCUGGCCAAAGGCAGCAUCUUGAGUCGACAUUUGCCUCUGAGGCUCCAAAUAUGAGAAUGGCCGCCUUGCUUGGAGCCAAGACACCCCUGAGAAGGGUGGCGAUCUUUGGGGGCACCCAUGGGAACGAGCUCUCUGGGGUGCUUCUGGUGAAGCACUGGCAGGAAGACGGAGCCGAGGUCCAGAGAGCCGGUCUACACGUUAAACCCUUCAUUGCCAACCCCCGGGCGGUGUACAAGGGGUGCAGAUAUAUCGACUGCGACCUGAACCGGGUCUUUGACCCAGCCCAUCUAGGCAAAGAGGAGACGGAGGACUUGCCUUACGAAGUCAGCCAGGCCCAGGAAAUACAUCGUCUGUUUGGGCCCAAAGGGAGCCCCGAUGCCUACGAUGUGAUUCUCGACCUGCACAACACCACGGCCAACAUGGGCGCCGCUCUCAUUCUUGAGUCAUCCACAAAUGACCUGCUAAUCCAGAUGUUCCACUACAUCAAGAGUUCCCUGGCUCCCCUGCCCUGCUUUGUGUAUCUCAUUGACCACCCUUCUCUGAAGUAUGCCACCACCCGCUCCAUUGCAAAGCAUCCUGUGGGUAUAGAGGUUGGCCCCCAGCCUCAGGGGGUUCUCAGAGCCGAUAUUCUUGACCAGAUGAGGAGAGUAGUCCAGCACGCCCUGGAUUUCAUCCAGUAUUUCAAUGAGGGAAGAGAAUUCCCUGCCUGUUCCCUGGAGGUUUAUCAGGUCACAGGGAAAGUUGACUAUCCUCGUAAGGAAAAUGGAGAGAUCGCCGCUGUGAUCCAUCCCAGGCUGCAGGAUCAAGACUGGAAACCGCUGCACCCUGGCGACCCCAUGUUUCUUACGUUGGAUGGGAAGACCAUUCCAUUCAGUGGAGAGAGCCCUGUCUAUCCCGUGUUUGUGAACGAGGCUGCUUACUAUGAGAAAGGAGAAGCUUUUGCCAAAACGCUCCAAGUGACACUGACCGCAAGAAGCCUCAACUCCUCGUCCCCCUAGGGUGGAAGGGAGGCGCCACCCCUCAAGGGUGAACCCAGUGCCUUGUUCCUUUGGGUGUCCCCCAGCAACCUCAGUGCCUUACACAGAGAAGAGAUUCCCCGGUAUUUGCCAUAGGAAGGGAAAUGGGGUGCUCUCCCCCGAAUCCAUCUCCUUGCACCCCGCCUCAGAACCCGUCUCCUCCUUGAACCCCUCCAAACCCAUCUCCUUGCACCCCCCUAAGAACCCGUCUCCUCCUUGAACCCUCCCAAACCCAUCUCCUCCUCGAACCCCUCCAAACCCAUCUCCUUGAACCCCCUGCCUCAGAACCUGUCUCCUCCUUGAACCCCCCAAACCCAUCUCUUUGCACCCCCCAGAACCCAUCUCCUCCUUGAACCCCCCCAAACCCAUCUCCUUGCACCCCCCCCAGAACCCAUCUCCUCCUUGU